AAGGGCUGAAUUUGCUACUGCACAUCGCGCAUUUCACUGUAUCCGCCGGCUGAAGCUCUAUGCAAAUACACAGCCUUUGUACUGUGGUAGACGUCAAGGCACUGGCGUUGUUGUUUGUUGUCGAAGGACCCGUGUGUGACAGCUACGUGCGUCUAAGACCUCUUUGCCUGCCGAUUUAUUCACUUAGGACCCAGUUAAAUACAAUUUUUGCUCAGUUUGACCAGGGAUCCUUGUCUAAUGAGAUACCUACCGGAUUCUGUGACCAAUUGUGUUUCUACCGCCGCCGCCGCCAUUUCCUAGUGUCUUACUGGCGUGAGUGGAAGGCUUAGACAAAGUAAGGAACCAUGAUAUUCCCUGAUUUGGAGUUUUGCUAAAGUUCGCAUUGUGGAGGGAGCUGGUGGCUGGUGAAGAAGGCCAAGUGUUGUCCCUAGCUAGAAACAGACUGUGGACGAACGGGUGUACAUACCCAGUUCAGGUUUUGUUCCAUAUAUUUUUAUAUUUAAAAAUAAUUUACCAUGAGUGAACUAGAUCAGCUGCGUCAAGAGACGGAACAGUUGAAAAACACAAUAAGGGAAGCCAGAAAAGCGGCAGCAGACACCACCCUUGCCUCGGCAACAUGCGGUGUGGAGCCAGUGGGAAGGAUACAAAUGCGCACAAGGCGUACCCUCAGAGGUCACCUUGCCAAAAUUUAUGCCAUGCACUGGGCAUCGGACUCCAGUAUGCACAGUGGAUCGGAUUCCAGAAAUCUAGUAUCUGCUUCACAAGAUGGUAAAUUAAUAGUUUGGGAUGGUUAUACCACAAAUAAGGUACAUGCUAUACCCCUUCGCUCCAGCUGGGUGAUGACCUGUGCCUACGCUCCCUCGGGCAGCUACGUGGCCUGUGGUGGGCUGGAUAACAUAUGCUCUAUCUACAGUUUAAAGACUCGAGAAGGAAAUGUGCGUGUCAGUAGAGAAUUACCUGGCCAUACAGGAUAUCUCUCAUGCUGCCGUUUCCUUGAUGAUAACCAAAUUGUCACAAGCUCUGGAGAUAUGACCUGUGCCCUAUGGGACAUAGAGACUGGCCAGCAGACCACUGCCUUCACUGGGCACACUGGGGAUGUAAUGAGCCUUUCCCUCUCUCCAGAUAUGAAGACCUUUGUAUCUGGUGCCUGCGAUGCAUCAGCCAAGCUCUGGGACAUCCGUGACGGGAUGUGUAAACAGACAUUCUCUGGGCACGAAUCGGACAUUAAUGCAAUUACAUAUUUCCCUAAUGGUUAUGCUUUUGCCACUGGAUCGGAUGACGCCACAUGCCGACUGUUUGACAUUCGUGCUGACCAGGAGAUAGGAAUGUACUCUCAUGACAACAUUAUCUGUGGUAUCACAUCCGUGGCCUUCUCCAAGAGUGGUCGACUACUUCUGGGUGGCUAUGAUGAUUUCAACUGUAAUGUCUGGGAUGUCCUUAAACAAGAACGAGCAGGUGUUCUGGCUGGCCAUGACAACAGAGUGAGUUGUUUGGGGGUGACGGAGGAUGGCAUGGCAGUGUGCACAGGCUCCUGGGACAGCUUCUUGAAGAUUUGGAAUUGAAGACUGAGGAGAAAUUUAAACCACAACAAUUUAAUAUUUUUUUUUCCUUAUUGUUUAUUUUAUUUUUAUUUCCAUUUUUUUUUUUUUCUUUUGGGAAAUGACAACUCAUCUUCAUAUGCUAUCAUUUCUCACCAUGUACGUAUGACACGCAACUGACACGGUUAACCGCUUGCUUUACCUUUGGAGAUAAAUCCCUGUGACUAUCGUCCAUUGGGAAAAAAAAAACAGUGGAGGACGUGCACCUAACUUUGCAAACCAGAUCAGCUGGGGCGUUAUAAUGAUUGGCAAACUGAGUAGGAAGUCAUUGACAUUAGUCAUUUUGGUACUACCUGCCAGGCAAGUCUUUUGGGCAAUGGAAGAACAGGGAAUUUUGUACCGCACUUUUUAUGACCAGAGAAGACCCCUGUCGGACUUAUCAAUGGCAGUCAAUCGGCUGGUACAUUGCUGUAUGCAGGGCUGACAUCUGUGGUUAUCAUUGAUGAAAGUGAUGUGUCUAUGCGGUGAGAAGACCACAGGCUGCUCACCAUCACUUAGGUGACAAACUUUAUAUGGAUGUGCAGAUGGUGUUUAAGCAGUCUGAUGACAUCAGAGAAUACAGUAUCAAGAUUGCUGCGGAGAACUGGUUUGGGAUGUGAACUCUGCCCAUUUAAAGCUGGAUGUACCAAAAGCUCUCCUGCACUUCAAAUGGGAAGGAAAGCUUUAUAUAUAUAUAUAUAUAUACACAC